AUGUCAAUACCGUCCAGAUUACUACCUCGGCUACGACCGUUAAUACCCUCACGAAGCAUCGUCAGCGCCACACCAAAUCGAACCGAAGACUGGCCGCAGCGCAGUUCCCUCGGCCCAUACUACGAAGUAAUUCUCAACAACCCGUCUCACAUCCCAAUCGACAAACCAGAAGUCCCUCCCAAAACAGCAGACCCCUCAGUGCAAUCCGAGUUCCCUACCAAAACCGCAGUGCAAACACCAGAAGAAAAAGCACGCUUGGUCUUUGGCUCACGCCUCUUCGGCUCCGCAGAUAAAGACGAACGCCUAGCAGCGCGAAAGGCAAAAGCGACAUAUAUAGCCGGCGUGCUCGUACCGCCCAAACCCGUUGAGCCGGAUAAUUGCUGCAUGAGCGGCUGUGUGAACUGCGUGUAUGACCAGUAUCGCGAUGAACUGGAGGAGUGGCAGCUCAAGAACGCAGAGGCACAAGCUGCGCUGAGAAAACACGAAGGCUCGAUGGAUUCGGACGGUGGAGGGUCAGAGUCGAAUUGGGCUGCGCCAGAGGUUGGCAAGGCCAAGAUCGCAAAGGACUUUUGGGACGAGGAGCUGUAUGCGGAUUUGCCAGUUGGGAUCAGAGAGUUCAUGAAGACGGAGAAGCUUUUGAAGAAGAGGCAUGAGAGUGAGGGCACCAAGGAGAGCUGA